UGCCAGUUGUGUUGUGGUGCUUCUGGAGAAAAUAUGGAAAUAAAUUGGAGCAACGUCGUCUUCAUAGAAUCUGAGAGACGUCUGAUUCUCUCUGAACUGGAACUCUACGAGAUACCGGAUCCCAUUAUAAAUCUAUACCACAAUCGCGUCUGCCAAUUGGAUAUGAGUUUCAACAAGUUAACAUCCAUCGCUGGUCUAUCGUUGUUCGCAUCAAUGGAGGAACUGAUCUUGGACAACAAUCAACUCGGCGAUAUUACCUUCCCGGCAAUCUCCAAUCUCAAGCUUUUAUCACUUAACAAUAAUAUGAUUAGGAAUCUGGAUAACCUGCUAGACAACAUUAAGGAGAGCUUUCCGCAAUUGGAUUACUUAAGUCUCCUCGGCAAUCCGUGCUGCCCCUUCCCAAUCUACAGCGGCUCAAUUGACGAGAAGAAGUAUCACAAGUACAGAGAAAAGGUCCUCAAUCAUUUGCCUACGCUCCAAUUUCUCGACUCAACGCCAGUGAGCAUCGCUGAGCGGAUGAGGCUCUUGGAGAAAUUGCCGCCAAUCUAUCCAGCUGAGUCUGACAGGAGUGUUGAGAAGUUCACCCAAAUAUCUGGGAUGGUGAGGAAGACUUUUUCUAGUAUUCAUCAAGGUCGCUUCGGCAAAAAUAGGCCAACAACUUACAAUCCCUUGCCGCCGACUGUUCGCAUUGGCCAGCAUCGAGGGGCUUAUGUCAAGUGUAAAUUCAAAUAUGUGGGCGCCCAUUCUGAGGGCAACCGAUUUAUUUUGAAUAAAGACCUCUGAACA